GUGGAGCGCCCGCGCCGAGCGCACGCAACGGCCGCGACCGACGACCUGUGCUAUAAACAAACUAACCGUGAAUAUAAAAAUAUUGUUAUAAACGCGAGUUAUGGUUCUAUGUUUGAUCAUGCGAAUGUGACACUUGGAUGGAUUAACGAGGGAUUAAACUUUGCACAAGUUGAACGGCAGUGCAUGGAGUUCGUUAAGUUUGAAAGGAUGUUGUCUUGAUUUUUUUGUUUUAACGGAGACUGUGCUUCAUCGGUAGUUCAACUCUGAAGUAAUAAAAGGAGUGAAGAUGUACGCAGCAUCAACAACAUCGACGACGACGUCAGCGUCGCGCGCAGCGGGCGUCGGCGGGGGUGGGGGCGCGGGGGGCGCGGACGAGCGGCGCGUGCGCGUGGUGCGGCUGCUGCGCCCGCGCCGGUCCGCGCCCGCCUUCGGCUUCUCCCUGCGCGGCGGCCGCGAGCACGCCACCGGCUUCUUCAUCUCCAAAGUAGAGUUCAACUCGGAGGCGCACCACCAGGGACUCAAGGUCGGUGACCAGGUGGUGAGCGUGAACGGGUACCGCGUGGAGGACGCCGUGCACGCCGAGCUGGCCGCCUACAUCGCCACGCAGGCGCGACUCAAGAUCAAAGUCAGAAAUGUUGCCAUGAUACCGGUGAAAGACAAACCCCACGAGGCUCUGAGCUGGCAGUUCGUCUCCGAGCGAGCUCCCUCGCUGAGCUCCGGCGCGUCGUCGUCGCCCACGCUGUGCGACUCGGAGCGUCUGCCGGACCUGCGCCUGUCCAUACUGGUGCCACCGCGGGCCAAGCUUGGAUGCGGUAUAUGCAAGGGUCCCGACUGGAAGCCGGGCAUCUUCGUGCAGUUCGUGCGCGACGGCGGGCUGGCGCGCGGUGCGGGGCUGCGGCCCGGCGACCAGAUCCUCGCCUGCAACGGACACGACUUCACCAAUGUCGCUUUCAAUGAGGCGAUAGCAGCCAUGAAGGUCCCCGGGCGGCUCGAGCUUUUAAUCCGUGAGGGAGCUGGCGCUGAACUGGUGUCUCCGGAGAGCUCUGGCUACAACAGCUCUGCCUCAUCAGCGGCGGGGGAGCGGAGCCCCGCGCCCGCAGCCCCCGCGCCCCUCGCCGUCCCCGCCGCCCUGCGAAGGAGGCUGGCUAGUGUGGCCGAGGAGGCCGCUGAUAGAGCUGAUAGGUUAAACCUGAACCGAAUCAAGCGGAGGACGUGGGACAGCAUCGAUUUCGACUGGAAGACGCCGCGAGACAUCCACAACUUCGACGCGCCCUCGGACAUCGAGCCCGACUACGACUGCCCCAGCAUCCCCGACAACCCACACUCCUACGAGAACCAGAAGAAAAACAUCAUCGCCCAGAAGAAAGAGUUCACCACUAGUCCCUCAAACAGAACUAUUAUCAACUUGACAGAAGAUGGCGCCACUAUACAGUGCAGCUACGAUAAUAACCCGCCCCCGAGAAAGACGACGUUCUCCAGCUUAGCUAACAAGGAGAAUGAGAAGAAGACGAUAGUAGUGGAGGUGCACCACACGAAUACGACCCAGUGCGCGGUCACGACGCACUGUAAUAAGCCCCCUCCCUUGAAGAAAGAGAUGAGUGCAGACGCGACCAGCUUGACUAGUAAUACCACGCUAUCCAGUGCCAUUGCCGAAGAGAUUCAGAGGAGGAAAUUGCUCAAGAAAACCUCAACCCAAGAGAACGCGAACCCACCAGAAGUUAAAAAGAAGGUGAGCACAGCCAAGCCGGUCGAGAACGAGAAGAAGAAGCAACAUGACGCGCUCAUGGACGAGUUCAAGAAGGUGCACAAGAAGAUGUUCGCUAAUGUAGACCACGCCUGUGACAAGAAAACAGACGACAAUAACGACGAUGCUGACAGCUUGGAUCGUCAGCAGACACUACCAUUGUGGAAAACGGAAAAUGGCACUUCAGGAGUCAUCACCAAUGGAACCGCAAUCAGCAACGGACACCAAAAGCCGUCGCCCAAGAGAGACGCCCCCGACCACCCCCCGCCGCCCCCUCCCAUGCCGGCCACCAACGGGCACCACAACGGCGACGUGAAGAAAACAAUCAGCCAAGUGCAGGAGAAAAUCAAUUCAGAUCUCACGAACGGAUCGAGCCCGAGAAAUGGCAUUAGAAACGGUUCCAUCUCGAGGACUCCCACGCCGGAUUACAACAAGCCGGAGCCAUUGUCGCAGGUGAAACUGAGGAACGGGAGUAGGGAGGAGAACGCUGAUAUGGAGUCGCUGGAGUCGUUUAAGCUGCGCGCACCGGCCGCGGUGGCGGUGAAGCCGCCGAGCACGUAUUUCGUGCGUGCGCCCAACGGCACGGCCACCAUGAAGAAGUCGGGGCGGCCCGUGUCCGUCACCAUCGGGGAGUACGGCGCGGGCGGCGUGCGCCGGCAGCCCUCGCGCCUCGACUUCCUUCCCGACCAGCUCGACGCGCCUCUCAACACGGACGACGUCUCCAACCGACUGCAGUCCGAACUGGCGCUCACGUUGUCCAGAUCCAACUUGAGGAAAAAGACUGAGGCCUUGAUUGAUGGCUGAAGUGCAGCCAUAUCGCCUAUGAUUCGUCCGUCCGCGUCACACUGUAAAUACAUUCUUAUUAUAUUGUAGUAUUUAGUAUAAAAUGUAUUUAUACGGUUAAUUUAUUCUUGAAACUCUUCUUAUUUUACAGCCAAAGUUAGGUUCUUAUUUUUAUCAGUAAACGAGUAUAAAUAUUAUUAUAAUUUUAGUGCCACAUUGAAUAACCGAUUUUCCAUAAUGUUUAUAUUAGAUAUUUAAGUGUAAGAUUGGCUCUGUAUUUUAUGAAUUUUAUUGCAUGGUAGCAUAUAGACUAUGCGAACUGAAAUCCUAAGUCAAAUAAUAAACGAGUGUACUUAAGAAAUA